AUGGCGCGCCCCGGUGAGCCCCGGAGGACGGGCCGCACACGGCCCCGCUGCGCCCGCACCCCCAAGUGGGGAGCGGCGGGGCGCGCCCUUCUCUGCGGCUGUCAGCCACGCACCAGCGCUGAAGCUGCGCCGCAGCACGAAGGCUGGCAAGAUCAGGAUAGCUUUGGUGAAGGUCGGGACAUAUUAAUAGAUGACAGUGUACAACCAAAUUAUACUGUAAGCCAGGAGCUACGGGGUACAUUCCUUGAUUUCCAGGAUAGUUUUCCAAUAGAAGCAAAGCAGUAA